AUGAACUCCGCCGACACGACGAUCGCCGAGUCCGUUACAAAGUACUCGUCUUCCUCCGCUUCCUCCGUCUCCUCGACAAUAUCGUCGACAUUUUCGGCUGCCACCACUACAACCACAACCGCCGCCACCACAUUAUCGACGCUCAUAACAGCGGACCCGGCCCCGGCCCCGUCUUCAUCGCCGUCCAACAGCACCGCGUCGUCCACCCCGAUCGCGACAGUCGCCGCUCGGAUAACGACUCCGCAGAAAUCGGGAUUAGCGACGACUCCCGCAUCGAGGGCACACUCGCGCUCGAAUUCAAUCUCUACUAAUACGACAACCACCACCACCACUACUACCAAUGCAGCAGCAACAAAGGCUGCUCACGCGAUAGAAGCUUCGGCGGCGAGCAAUGGUACAAACACCCCGACGGGCGGCGCAACGCCAGCAGCUGGCACGGGACAACCCUACGCGAAGGGCCGGAAAGAGCGACCGUGCGAUGCAUGCCGCCGACGGAAGUCGCGUUGCGUCAUGAACGAGGGCGCCGAUAAAUGCGUGCUCUGCCAAUUCCACAGCCAAGAAUGCACGUUCGUGCAAAGUCCGCAACCUCGAAAACGGCGAUUGGUGCGCGAGAGUGCAGCACCCGGAGACGAGAGCGGUUCCAAUGGCAAUGGCAAGAAGCGGUAUGUGUGCGUCUGUGUUGUGCUUGUGCGUGUUCGCAAUACAUCUCCGACAUCUCCGCGGCGGUCGAAACCGAUUCGCGAUGCUCCUCCCAUCACCGAUUACUCGGCGCAUCCCAAUAAUUCCCUCUACAACACCCUCGGCCUGCAAGGCAAUCGUCAUUCGCACCUGAUCGGCCCGACCGCGGAAUACGAACAGUGUCUGAUCGACCUGUGCCCGAUCGAUACUAAAGAUGAAUACGCCCUCUCGACCCUUUCCAAGGUCACCUCGUUUCGCCGGGUGUGCGCGGAAACCACCUUCACCCUGUACCCCGACGAGCCGACGCCGAAUCACUCGGAGAUCUACGAGGACCUGGACAAGAUCGAGAGGGUCGUCUCGCCGCACGGCGAAAAGCUGCUGAACCUAUACUUCCGCAUCGUGCAUCCCAGCUUUCCCAUCCUUCACAAGCGCGUGUUCCUCGAAAAGUAUGCGCGCACCCAUCGCGAGUUUUCGCCGCCGCUCCUCGCCGCCGUCUACAUUCUCGCUCUGCAUUGGUGGAGCUACGACCGCGAACUCGCCGCGCUACCGAAACCGGAUGUGUCGGUGCUCGAGAAGCUGGCGACGAAAACGAUGGCUGAUGUCAUCAACCGGCCCAAGCUGUCGACCGUGCAAGCGGGCCUACUGCUACUGCAGAGGAACGAGGAGAUGAAGGGGUCGGCGUGGCCGUUCACGGCGCAGCUGGUGGCCGUCGGGCAGGAACUCGGUCUGCACCUCAACUGCUCCAGCUGGAAGAUUCCCAGGUGGGAGAAGGGACUGCGGAAACGAUUGGCGUGGGGUCUGUUCAUGCAGGACAAGUGGGGUGCGCUAACGCAUGGUCGGCCGUCGCACAUCGCGAAAGCGAAUUGGGCGGUACGACCGGUCGAACCCGAAGAUUUCCCCGACUCGUGGCCGUCGCCGGAUGGGAUCAAACAGGAGAGAAAGGAUGACGAGGAAGAUGGGUCGCAAGAGGUGGAGAAGGGGAGAAUGUUGUUCGAGCAGAUGAUCCAACUGUCGGGGUUGAUGGCGGACGUGUUGGAGACGUUCUUCACGGUGGACGCACAGAUGGGAUUCGCGGCACGGGGAGGCAUCCAGAAGGUGCUGGAGCGCGCGAAACCGAUUCAGAUACGGCUCAAGGAGUGGUUCAUCAAGUUGCCCGAGUGCCUGCGAAUGGAUGCGACUACGAGAACUAGGCGAUUAUCGUCCACUGGCUCCCUACAUCUCGCCUACUUUGCCACCGAGAUAACUCUGCACCGACAGAUCCUGCGCACUCUCAGCGUAUCCACGCAGGUCGACCCGUACCUGCUGCACAUCUGCCGGUCCGCCGCAAAAACCCGCUUGAUAUCAGCCAUGGAUUUCGUGAACCGUCUCAAACCGGAGCACCUGCAGUCGUUCUGGUUCUUUUCCUCCAAAGUCAACUUUGCUCUCAUUGGCACUUUCGGCUCUCUCCUGUGGGCCACGUCGCCCUCGAUACAGGAGGCGGACUUCUACAAGGCCCGCCUCUCGGAGUACCGCUGGACACUGCGUGUUUCCAGCCGCGGCGCCGACUUCAUGGAAUUCGCCGUGGGCGUGCUAGAUGCCAGCGCCGGCUACCUGCAGCAGGAACAGUGGAAGAAACGUGGGCCCCUAGUCGGCACCGUGCAAGGCUACCAGAGCACCGUUGGCAGCGGCGAGCACUUCGGCCUCGGCAUGGGACCCCCGCCACAGCCCCCACCGGGCUGGCGCAGCACCGGGACCAUGGAGGUGGUGCAACACGCCCGCGGCCAGCUCUCGCCCGUCACCAACGACGACGGCAGCGUGGGCGACGACGACGAUGACGUCCUCGACGAGGAAGACGUCGAUGUCGACGUCCUUGACGAGGACGGCGACGACAGCGAAGAGGACUACGACGAGAUGGACGAGGAGGGCUACUCGGACGACCACUCUGCGGCUGCCGGCAGGGUCGGCCGUGACUGUGAGGCGGGCAGGUAUCAUCGUGCGGCUGAGGAAACCACCAAGGGCUUCGCCGCGUAUCAGGCUGCCACUGCUGCCUCCGCCGCCGCAGCCACCACCGCCGCAACUACAACCGUCAGUGAGGUUAGCGCGCCUAGCUCUAGGGCUAGCUCCGCCGGCGGCGGAAUGGACUUUUUCAUGAUCCCGAAUACGGGGUUCGGGAGUGGCGAGUAG